AUGGAUUCCAUCGCUAAACCAGUUCUGUACGUUCACUCUUCAGUCCGAUGUGAUAUCUGCGGGAGACAACCUGCUCGACACUAUUGUCGUCAUGACGCUUGCAAAGAACACAUUUACAUCUGCGACAAUUGCAUCUCUGCUCAUAACACGUACAAUGCACAACACGGUGACUUUCUGCAGUGUGUCGUAGUAAGUGAGGUGAAGAGUAAAUGUUGCGAGCCUGGACAUUCAGAGCGCCUUGCCGAUCACAUAUGUGUCCCUUGCCAGAAGCCUCUUUGUGAUGAUUGUCGUGAUGACCAUCAUGAUCGAGGGCAUGAUUUUAAUGAGAUCCAGAGCGCUGUUGCCGCGACAAAGAUCAAGAUCAGUAAAAGCUUGGAUCAACUGAAAGAGCAAGUGAAACACAAGCAGGAAAUGUGCGCUAAUGCUUUAGACCUUGUGGCAAGAGAUACUGACAAGUUAGAUGUGUUAAGUAAGGAAGUGAAAACAAACAUCAAUGAUGUUUGGCGGCUUAUUAAGGAUCAUGAAAGCAAAGUACUACAUGAACUUGAAGAUGAAAGGCAUCAGCUGCUCAAGGAUCUAUGGUCUUCUAUCACACCCAUUCAGGACCAAACAGCUGCAUCAUCCGAAGAGCAGGUUGAAACGAGCCACUACGAUACCAGGCUUUCUAGUUAUGCAGAUAAUGGAAAGCUCACUCACUCAAAGGACAUUGAAAUGCUUCUGGGAAAUGGGACAUUAAGGGGAAUCACUGUUCUUCCUUGCGGUAAAAUCGCUGUUCUUGGAAAGCACAUUCAGAUCUAUGGCUCAGAUUUAGAGUUUCUUUAUGACAUUAAACCAGCUGCAGGUCACGACUGGUAUUCCAUUGAUGUUGGGCCAUCUGGCACACUCUUAGCUGGUGAUUGUCUGAAUGGCUGCAUUGAUAUUCUGACCGCAGAAGGCCUGAUUGAUCACUCCAUUUCAUGUUCUGGUGUGAAACCUAGGCAGCUUCAUGUUCUACCUACUGGAAGUUUUGUCAUCUCGCAGCCAGGCAUCGAGGACUCUGGACCUAUCAUCAAAAUUCUGAACCCUGAUGGCAGUGAAGCAUUGUCUCUAUCAGACGAUUCUUGGCAGUAUGUAUACUGUUCCGCAGAUAACCGUGGUAGUCUUUAUGUUGCCAAUUUGCAAAUAGUGCAGAGCAAAGAGGACACUGAUGCUUCAGGGGCAAUUAAGGCAAGAUUGACUUUUGACAGGUAUACUCAACACGGGAAAGAGAGGAAACUAUCCUGA